AUGACAAACAAAUAUUUUUCAGACUCCAGUUCGUCUUCUGAAUCGCUGAACGAUCCAUUUCAUUGCUCUUCUGAUGAAGAUCCUACAUAUCAGGUAGACGAAGUGGAAGCCGAAGACAAUUAUUCAGAGUCUGAAGAAUCUGAGCAUCACUUGUUACUACCAUUGCCUGCUUCCGUAGUAUCUGAUAAUACCGAUUGUAACCAACCAACAAGUACACCUCCGCAGUUCCAAUCAUUGGAUGAAACUCAAGAUGAAAAUACUUAUACGACUAGUCCAGUAAAUGAAGUCAUCCAUAAUAUGGAAACCGACAAUCCUAACUAUGAUGAUCAGGACAUAAUAGUGGAAGCAUAUAACAUUGCGUGGAAAGACCCAGUAGGCAAUCAUGAGGUAUUUCCCUUCGAUCCCAAAAAUACUGGGGUAAAUCCAGAUAUUGCAGCAGCAUUAGGUGACCAAUCCCCGAUCGAUUUUUUUUCGCUUUUUAUUGACGAUGAAAUUAUCCAAAUUAUAACCGACCAAACUAAUCUUUAUGCAUCCCAGAAGUUAUUGAAUAUAGACGAUACUUCCGAAGGUAGUCGUCUCCAUGCGUGGACACCGACCAAUAAAGAGGAAAUCAAAAAAUUUAUUGGCAUCAUAGGAUACAUGGGUUUAGUCAAACUUCCUACCAUGGAUAGAUAUUGGACUAAAACGAAAAAGAUAUACCACAACAGUGUUGUUGGACAAAUUAUGAGUCGGAAUCGGUUUGAAUUACUUCUGAAUAUGUGGCAUUUCACCGAUAAUGAUAUGUGCCCUAAAGGAGAUCGAGGGUACAAAAUCGAACCAUUCAUGAAUUUAUUGUUGAAAAAAUUCCAAGAGGCCUACACUCCUGUCCAAGAAUUCUGCAUAGACGAAAGUUUGAUACCAUUUCGUGGUAGACUCAUAAUGAAGCAAUAUAUUCCCCAGAAAACGCAUAAAUAUGGCGUGAAAAUUUUUAAGCUUUGUUGCGGAUCCGGUUUCACGUGGAAGAUGAAGUUAUAUUGUGGCAAACAUAAAGAUGCCGGCAUAUCUGUCCCAACUAACAUAGUUAUGCAUUUAUCACAGAAACUUCUUGAUUCUGGGCGUACUGUCAUCACUGACAAUUAUUAUACAAGUUUGGAGUUGGCCAACAAAUUGCUGGACAAAAAAACACAUUUAGUAGGAACUCUAAGAGAAAAACGCAGAGGAAAUCCUAUGGAGGUAACUAACAAGAAACUUAAGACUGGGGAGAUUGUUGCAAAAGAAAACGAACGGGGUAUAUGUAUUAUGAAGUGGAAAGAUAAGAGGGGUGUGCUCUUGUUGUCCACCAAGCAUACACAUGAAACUGUAAUGGUGCAUAAACGGGCUGGAGAUGUAGAAAAACCUAUAGCAGUCUUAGAAUAUAACAAAGCAAAAAGUUCAAUUGACUUAUCAGAUCAAAUGGCUAGUUAUUAUAGUGCGCUUAGAAAAACAGUAAAGUGGUAUAGGAAAAUUGCAAUAGAUUUGAUAUUUGGAACUGCUCUGGUAAAUGCCCAUUUUCUUUAUAAAGCCAUAAAUAAUAGGUCAGUUUCCAUUACCGAAUUCAAAGAGAGUAUCGUAGAGAGUCUCAUGUUUCAAAGAAAUGAAACUAGUCAACCGUCUGUGUCCGACACAAGACGAGAACGUCAUGUACUGAAAAAGAAAGAGGGAAAAUCACAUGAAAUAAGAAAAUAUUGUAAAGGAUCUUACAGUAAAAAAACAAGGGGUGAAAUACAAAAAAACAAAGUGCCAAAAGUAGUGGUAGUUGCGAAGGGAAUCCUCAUUUUUGCCUCGAGUGUUUUGGAACAAAUCAUAAAUAACAUACUGCUUUGUAUCCGUUUAUAA